AGUCGCCCGGCAGAUCGUCGUCUCCGCGAAAGAUGUCUGUAAUUUUCAAAGUGUCCCGAUUUCUUCUUAGAAAUCAGUCCCAGAAUAAAAAUGUGUACCAAAAACUUUACGUCGCCAGACUUUUUCAAACAGCAACUCACGAGGCAAAAUCCCCCAGCACGGUUAAGAUGAGCUUGAUCGGUGCGUCGGUCGGUGUUUUAGUCGGUGCAGGUUAUUCUUUCAAUAAAAUUAAUAAGGAUCGAAAAAACAUUGCCAAUGAAGGAACGCAGACUGAAAUUGAGGUGCUGAAAUCGAUGCCAGAUAUCAAGCCAUCCAGAAAGGUGAUUUAUCCUGGCGACAACUCCGGACUGAAGCUCACAUUAUUUCAAUAUCAAACAUGCCCGUUUUGUUGCAAGGUACGAGUAUUUUUGGAUUACCAUGGGAUAUCAUACAACGUAGUUGAAGUAGAUCCAGUCCUGAGAGAUGAAAUUAAGUGGUCGACGUAUAGGAAAGUACCGAUUCUUCUUGCCAAAGUAGAUGGAGGAUAUCAGCCAUUGAUUGAUAGUACCAUGAUAAUAUCCGUUCUUGGAACAAUUAUAGAAGACAAGCAUAAAAAAAUUGAAGACAUCGUCAGAUAUUAUCCAAAAAUGUUUUUCCGCGAUGCAAAAGGAACAUUCAAAGAAGAAAUUGUCAAUAAAUACUUCCUUAUGUAUCAAAACAAUCUGCCGAAAGAAAAGUCCAUGGAUUAUAUUGUAGAGGAACGAAAGUGGCGAAAAUGGGCUGACGAUGUCCUAGUUCACGUUUUAUCUCCUAACGUUUACAGAACCGCAACAGAAGCACGUCAAGCAUUCAACUGGUUCUCUGAUGUUGGUAGAUGGGAGGAAUACUUUCCAACGUGGGAACGCUUGCUCAUGAUCAAUGUGGGAGCCUACGCAAUGUGGCUGAUAUCGAAAAGGCUUAAAAAAAGACAUAGUCUCAAAGAUGACGUCAGACAGUCACUGUAUGAUGAAGUAAACCACUGGUUGAAUGGCAUUAGUGUUAGAGGAACGCAAUUCAUGGGUGGAAAAGACCCAGAUUUCUCAGACUUAGCUGUCUAUGGUAUUUUAAAAAGUAUCGAGGGAUGUGAUGCGUUCAGAGAUUUAUUAGAGCACACAAAAGUUGGUGAAUGGUUUGACGCUAUGCGAGAAAAAGUUGAUUCGAAUCACGGACGACAAUAUGUCAAGUAUUAAAUUAUUAUUACUAGGAAUAUGUAAGUGUAUGUAUUUACUUAUUUGUUAAUUAAUAAAUAUUCAUUAUAGUAUUUAAACAUAUGGGGUCGAACUUUGUACCAAUCACAAACUAGAAAUAAGAUGGCCAUUGCUAAUUAGAUGUAAUUGUUAUUGACUACAGAUAAAUUAAGUGCAUCAAAUUUAUUCACAAUAUUGGACUGUGUCUAGAGAAAAUUAGCCACCCUAAAAAAUUUAUCUUUGAACACGGUCCAACUGACAAACGAAUUCAUUAAAUACUUUCAUAGUAGGCAUUAAAUAAUAAUAGCUUAGUUUUAGUGGUUUUAGUCUAGAAUAUUGGACAAGCUAUUUGCUGAUAGUCUAGAAUAAAUCCUCUGUUUAGAACAUCACCAGUUUCAUCUCCGUUUGUAAUGACGUAAAGUACGAACGGUUUUGAAGAACCU